AUGCCUCCUCCGGUAGGGAUCAUAAUCACGGUUUCCGUCCUGGUGGCGGCGAGCCUAGCCGCAUACGAGAAUCCUCAGGUGCGAGCAUGGAUAGACCGGACGAGACACAAGAUAGCCAUGGGCUUGCACUCCCUUGGCGACGAAAUUGGACCCAGAAAUCGUCCGCCACUCCGGCGCACUUCCACUGACAUCUCCAUGUGCGAGGACCAGGGCGAGCAGGCGGAGGAACGGAGGCGGCAAGCCAUCGCCGAGAUCAUGGAGAGAGGAAGGAUACUGGAGGAGAAAAGGAAGAGGAGAAGGCUCUCCGAGCAGGAGUACAACCAGCCACACUCGCCGACUUUUGAUAACAUGGUGGACGAGAACGGGAUACUGCUGCAAGACAACGGAUUGCAGGCUGAAGGCCAGUCGUCCGGAAUCGAUGCUCAGCCAGCAUCAACCACUUUAAGGCAGAGACCUGGGACAUCGGAUCCAGCGGAUGAGUCGCCCAGUCCGCAUCUGCCAUUAAGGCAGCUAUCCCCCCGUCCAGAAAACGCCUUCGAGUCAAGAUAUGAGCAGGAAAUGCGCGAUGCAUGGAAUCUUCCCUUAUCGGAGAGGAGAAUCGCGAUACCCCCCAGCCAUGCCUCCGAGAGCUUGAUCGAACUCACACCUACCACAGAAGGCGUUCCUGACCCAGACUUCUCCAUCCCUUCGGCAGAGUAUCUACACCAGCCCAUGAACCGGUCAGAGUACUUUUCUGCCGCAGCCUCGAACUCGACGCAUACGCUUUCGGACCGCGAGUCGCAGCCCCCGCUUUCAAUGCAGAGCUCACAUGCUCUUCUGCCCCAAGGGAGCAAUGCUAAUGGACACGUUGGCAACCUAGUAUCGGCCUCGUUGACACCCAGCAUUGCUGGAAGCGUUAGCAACAUUCACGCGAGUGAAGCGGAAGAAAGUUCGGACGACGUUCUCAGCGAAAUUGGUGACGGUAUUCGGACUCCUGCCAGUGCAUGGACCGACGUUGACAGCACGGUCAGUAGCGAUUUUCACUUGUAG